AAGAAAAACAAAAUGGAGCCGUUGACUGGAGCCACCUUGGUCUACACUGCAGAAAAGAAUCCAAGUCUUCAUCUUCAACAAUUCCUCUCUCCUCACCGUUAAUGGCGGCUCCCCCAUAUCCCCUCUCCUCAGCCGAAACAUCCAUCUCCCGGAGCUCCCCCCUCUCUCUCAAACUCAAUUUCAUCUGACAUAAUCUCCGAAUCAAUUAAUUCAUAUGGAUAAAACCUUCCAAGCAAUUCUGGCCGCCCUCGCCAGCUUCUUCGUCGUCACCGUAAUCCUCGCCUCAAUCCUCAUCAUCUGCAAGACCGAAUCCAAGCAGAACCAGCAGCAGCGCCGCCGCCGCCGCUCCUCUCAAACCCGAUCUCGCAAUCUGGUUGCUCCGAAGCCCAACCCUAGACCCGACCCGAACCAUUCCCCCUGCGACAGCGCAACCUUCGACCCGACGAGCCUCCCCCACGUGUCGAUGCAGGAGCUCGUCGCCGCGACGCACAACUUCUCCAGCGACCUGAUCAUCGGCGACGGCAGCUUCGGGCUGGUCUACAAGGCCCGCCUCAGCCCCGACGCCGUCGUCGCCGUCAAGCGCCUCUCCCCCGACGCCUUCCAGGGCCUCCGCGAAUUCCGGGCCGAGAUGGAAACCCUAGGCCGGAUCCGCCACCCGAACAUCGUCCGGAUCCUCGGGUUCUGCUCCACGGGUCAGGACCGGGUCCUGAUUUACGAAUUUAUAGAGAAAGGCAGCCUCGACCAAUGGCUCUACGACACGUCGGACGAUGACAUCGACGCCCUACCCCGGCCCCCUCUCCCCUGGCCCACCCGCCUCAAAAUCAUCCGAGGCGUCGCCGCCGGCCUCGCGUUCAUGCACCACCGAUUGGAAGCUCCGAUCAUCCACCGCGACAUCAAGGCCAGCAAUAUAUUGCUCGACGGCGAAUUCGAGGUCCACAUCGCGGAUUUCGGGCUGGCGCGGUGGGUGGAUAAGGCGCACUCGCACGUGUCGACGCAGGGGGCGGGGACGAUGGGGUACAUGCCGCCGGAGUAUCUGGACGGGGCGACGGUGGCGACGACGGCGGGGGACGUGUACAGCUUCGGAGUGCUGAUGAUGGAGGUGCUGACGGGGCGGAGGCCGAGCUUCCCCUUCCCCGGGGAGGAAGGGAAGGAGGUGAGGCUGAUGGAGUGGGUGAAGCGGAUGGCGGAGAAGGGGAGGUUCGUGGAGAUGGUGGACGCCUCCAUCGGUAGGGAGGAUCUCGAGACGACCGCGGUGGAGGAGUUGUUCAGGAUUGGGCUCGAGUGUGCGGAUCAUAAGAACAAAAGGCCUGCCAUGAAUCAAGUGGAAGAGAAAUUGAAUAUGGUUUUGGGUGGUGUUGUAUCGUGAUGAUGAAGCGCCACUCAGUUGGUAAAUGGUAAAUCUUGAGUAGACAUAGAACUAUUAUUGUUUGUGACAUGUAAAUAGGGUAUGUUGUUAUGGUGUCUUGAAUGAAUCAAGAAGGUUCAUUUUUCAACAAUAAGUAAAUGCAGGAUUGCAUUCAAACAUGGCCAACGUUUAAAGUUUUAUCAAGUGUAUGAUUUUGUUUUAUCA